ACAGUUUUUAUUCUUUUAAUUUUCUGUUCCUGAUCUCUCUUUCUCUGAACAAUAACUUACUGAAAACACCCACCACCCAAAUCUUUUUUCUUCGCACUGAUAUCUUUUGGUUGGUGGAUCUUGUUAUAACAGCUUAUUAAUUUCAUGAUGGAUUUGAUAAAUUCAGUGAUGAAUUGGGUGGUGCCUCCAGCAAGCUUGGUGAUGCUGGCUUGUUCAUGGCCAGCUUUGUUCUUUAUUAAUACAUGUGAGUGGCUAUACAGAUCUUAUUAUAGUGAAGAUAUGGAAGAUAAAGUUGUCAUCAUCACUGGAGCUUCUUCCGGCAUAGGAGAGCAAAUUGCAUAUGAAUAUGCAAAAAGGAAAGCAAAUCUUGUAUUGAUUGCAAGGAGAGAACAGAGACUCCGAGGGAUCAGUGAGAAAGCUAGACUUUUUGGUGCAAAGCAUGUCAUGAUUAUGGCUGCAGAUGUUGUCAAGGAAGAUGACUGUAGGAGAUUUGUUGAAGAAACCAUAAACUUCUAUGGACGUGUGGAUCAUCUAGUCAACACAGCAAGCCUGGGACAUACAUUCUAUGUUGAAGAGGUUUUGGAUACUUCUGUGUUUCCCCACUUGCUGGACAUAAAUUUUUGGGGAAAUGUGUAUCCGACUGUUGUUGCUCUUCCUUACCUUCAUCAGACUAAUGGACGAAUCAUCGUUAAUGCUGCAGUUCAGAACUGGUUACCACUGCCGAGAAUGAGCUUAUACGCUGCUGCAAAAGCAGCUCUGGUGAACUUUUAUGAAUCGCUGAGAUUUGAAUUGAAUGGCGAUAUUGGAAUAACAAUAGCAACACACGGUUGGAUCGGAAGUGAAAUGAGUAGAGGCAGGUUCAGGCUAGAGGAGGGUGCGGAGAUGCAAUGGAUAGAAGAAAGAGAGGUUCAAGCGAGUGGUGGUCCGGUAGAAGAGUAUGCAAAGUUGAUAGUAUCGGGAGCAUGCCGAGGAGAUCGGUAUGUGAAGUUUCCAAGCUGGUAUGAUGUAUUCCUCCUUUACAGGGAGUUUGCACCCAAUGUUCUCAACUGGACACUCCAUUUGCUGCUUGCCGGGCAUGGUGCAAGAAGAACUUCUCUCGUAGGAACCGGCAGACCUUUAAUAGAAGGCAGCCCUCCAAGGAAAUUUCUCACAGGUCCAAUUACCUUCUCACAACUAAGUCCCCAGCAAAUGCAGAAAUUGGAAUAAGAGAAGCCUAAGCCUUUUGUCUGAGGCAGUCAUGCAAUUAGCAUCCUUUCUAAGGUCUUGUUCUCUUUUUCUUUCCAAAUUUUCUGGCCUUUUAACAUUUUACCAGCGAGUUUAAACUCUGACACCCACAGUUUUUUUUCACCUUUUUAACACUAUUUGGGAAUUUUUGUAAAAUUUUAUGAAUAAGUGGGGCUUAUAUUAUGAUUGUUCAAUAAAAAAACUUCCAAUUAAUACUUGAA